CGCGUCGUCGUCGAAAUCUUCGACGACGUCGCGCCGCUGGCCGCCGAGAACUUUCUCGCGCUCGUCCGCGGCGACCGCGGCGCCGACAAGGGCUCCGGCGUGCCGCUGUCCUACGAGGGAUGCCCCUUCCACCGCAACAUCAAGGGCUUCGUCGUCCAGGGCGGCGACAUCGUCAAGGGUAAUGGCUCCGGCGGCGCGUCCGUCUUCGGGAAGAAGUUCAAGGACGAGGCGAAGGGCCUCAAGCUGAAGCACGGCCGCGGCGCGCUGUCCAUGGGCAACUCGGGCAAAAACGCGAACUCGUCCCAGUUCUUUUUCACGUUCGCGCCGUGCCCGCAGCUCGACGGCAAGCACGUCGUCUUCGGGCGGGUGAUCGCCGGCUUCGACGUGCUCGACGCCGUCGAGGCGACGGCGCCGCCGACGGGCGAGACG